AUGACAGAAACACUGAAUUUUGCACCAGGCCAUGCCUUCCAAUUCUGUGUUAGCAAAACAGAAUUAGCAAAACUUGAAUCCAGACUGAAUCCUUCCUUCUCUUCCCCAUUUUCCCCCUCAAGCCCUGACUGUGGACAGAAGGUGCAAGAGAGCAGCUCCUGGAGUUAUUUUGUCCUUUUCACUCAGAUUUUUGGGGGCAGCCAGGCAAAGCAGGGAUUUUUGCCAGCAUGUCUUCCUCAGCCUAAAAGUGAAAAGUUUGAAGCAGGAUAUAUCUGCACUGCUUGUGGCUGGGGCUGUUUAAAGGAAACCUUUUGUAGUGUUCAGGAUGGCAAACUCUGCCAUGGGGAAGGGGAAUUGCAUUUUCCUGGAAGGCCUGAUCGGUUCUGUCAAAACCACCAACUGUGUAUAUGGACUCUAUUUGUGCCAGAAGGGAAUUACAUAUGGCUUUGUUUCUCCCACUUUGAGGUAGAGCCAGAAACAUCCUGUGACUGUGAUUCUUUAUCAGUCUAUUCAAAAAGAUGACAGACUCGUGGGAAAUUCUGUGGAGGAGAUCUUCCAUUACCUAUUUUGUUUGGCUCCAAUAGCAUAAAGCUGAAAUUUGUUUCUGACAAUGAGGAUUAUGGAGCUGUUUUCUCCAUUACUUCCAAAGCUCUUACACCAGAUAUUCUUCCUGACGCUGGCUGGGAGUCCCUGGCUGUCCUUUUUGAGGAAGGAGUGUUGGAGAGCACUGGAGCAGCCUGGCAGGAUUGUCUGUGCAUUGUCUGUGCCUCAACAACCACGCAGCCAAGGCACAACGUGAAUCCUUUUUGUGUCUACCUGAUGGAAAUGGGCAGCACUGAGCCAACAAGAAAUGAGGCAGCUAAAGACAAACAAGAUCAAACAAGAUCAAGCAACAUGAGCAUGAAUAAUGCUCUGGAUCUUACAUACCAAUCUUUUGAAGUAGAAGAGAGUGAAGAUUGUUCCUAUGAUACCAUGACUGUGUAUGAAGAUGUGGGAAAAGAGGAGAAAAUUGCCGAGUCUUGUGGAUUUGCCCUACCAGCACCUGUCCUAAGCUUCUCUGCUGUGAUGCUGGUUCUCUUCCACUCUGAUGAAACAGAGACCUUUGGAGGAUUCAGAGUUUCAGUGUCCUUUGUUCAUUUAACAGAUUUAAAUACUUUGAAUUCAACUAGAGAAGAAGAUUUUGAAAACCUGAAUGUUACUGAAGAAGAAAUAAAGGUUACAACAGAGGAUGUUUGUGGAAUGCCUUCAAAUCAGCCCAGGUUCCUGUCCAGUAGGAUAAGUGGAGGUGAAGAAGCUGUGCCCGACUGGUGGCCUUGGCAGAUGAGCACACCUUUAGCAGCAGUCCUUGCCCAAGAGUGGCUUGUCCCAGCUGCCCACUGCUUUCAUUCCAAGGAAGCAUACAGAGACUGAUGGAUGGUGGUAACAGGACUUCAUGAUCUUGCAGAGCAAGACAGGUACUGUAAAAGCUCAGUCAAGCAGUAUUUUAUACACCCAAGUUUUAAGACUCUGGGCUCUGACAUUGCCCUGCUGCAACUGGCUGAGCCCAUGAAUUUGUACCAGGAAUUCAGCCCCUCCGUGCUCCCAGUGUGCCUCCCUGGCGAGGAGGAGAUGCUGCAGCCCUCGGGGAUGUGUGUGCUCACAGGUGGGAUGCAAAUUCAAGACAGGGAAAAGGGGAAAAAACUGCAGCAGCUGGAAGCCCCCAUCCUGGCACCUGACAGAUGUCAGAGCUAUUACACAAUAAUAAUAAUUGUGUAAAAUAAUAAUGCCAGUAAAGUGACCCAGGGGAUGAUCUGUGUGGACAACUCGGGGAUUUACAACCUCCAUGGAAUUACUAGCUGGGCUUUGGGAUGUGGAAAGAAGAGCUACUCAGUAGUUUACACCAAUGUUGGUUUUUUUGUUGACUGGAUCAAGAAGAAUAUUAAUAGUAGUGAUCUCCAUGUUUUCAUUGUGUGA